AUGUUUCCUAAACUUCUUAGGUACCUGGAAAAAACUGUUGUGAAAGAUCCCAAAGAAGAAGCUGAAGAGGAAGAAGUCACAAAUGUUAUUGCUGCUGGUAUCCCAGUUAGUACCGUCAGGCCCACCCGAGGCUGGCGUAGCAACAGGGCAACUGCAGUUCAUCAGUGUGAAGCAGAGAAUUCACGCAGUUCUAGAUCAAAGACUGGAUCCCUGCAGCUCAUCUGCAAGUCAGAACCAAACACAGACCAGCUAGAAUUUGAGGUCACAGAAGAGCAUCCUUCUCCAUCUGGGAUCAGUGAUGAAGAAGAAAUGCUCAUCAGCGAAGAAGAAGUUCCCUUCAGAGAUGAUCCGAGAGAUGAAACCUAUAAGCCCCAUUUAGACAGGGAAGUUCCAAAACAAAGGAAAAAAUCAGGGAAGGGAAAAGAAGAAAAAGAGAAACAGAAAGAAAUUAAAGUAGAGGUAGAAGUCAAAGAAGAAAUUGAGUUUCGGGAAGAUGAGGAGCCCCCCAGGAAGAGGGGGAGAAGGAGAAAAGAUGACAAGAGCCCAAGAUUACCCAAAAGGAGGAAGAAGCCCCCAAUACAGUAUGUUCGCUGUGAGAUGGAAGGAUGUGGUACAGUUCUUGCACACCCUCGGUAUCUACAGCAUCACAUCAAGUAUCAGCACUUGCUGAAAAAGAAAUAUGUCUGUCCCCAUCCCUCCUGUGGGCGUCUCUUUCGACUCCAGAAGCAACUUUUGCGGCAUGCCAAACACCACACAGAUCAAAGGGAUUAUAUCUGUGAAUAUUGUGCUCGUGCUUUCAAGAGUUCUCACAAUCUAGCGGUUCACCGAAUGAUCCACACAGGCGAGAAGCCAUUGCAAUGUGAGAUAUGUGGAUUCACCUGCCGGCAGAAGGCAUCAUUGAACUGGCACAUGAAAAAGCAUGAUGCAGAUACCUUUUACCAGUUCUCAUGCAAUAUCUGUGGAAAGAAGUUCGAGAAAAAGGACAGCGUUGUAGCACAUAAGGCCAAGAGCCACCCAGAGGUGCUUAUUGCUGAAGCGCUGGCGGCCAAUGCGGGUGCCCUUAUCACCAGCACUGACAUCCUGGGCACCAAUGCAGAGCCCAUUGCCUCGCCCACAGAUGGCCAGGGCCUUCCCCUUCUUCCAGACCCCCUUGGGAACACCGCUUCUGGAGAGUGUCUGCUGCUGAAUCCUGAUGGGAUGCCAAAGGCAUACUGCAGUGGGGGUGACCGUGUCAGUCCGAUGGCAGAUGGAAAAAUCUUUGUGGGCAGUGGUAGCAGUGAGAGUGCGGAAGGGCUGGUCAUGAACACAGAGAUCCUUGGAGCCACCACUGAAGUUCUAAUUGAAGAUUCUGAUUCUACAGGACCUUAGUGGGAAAAGAGCACAUAGGAGUUGGGACAACUCGAACUUGUAUUUAAAAUAAUAAAAGGAAAAAUUAUUCAACAUAGAGAAGCUAAACAAAUUAAAAUUACUAGUCAGAUAACUAAAGGGCCUGCUCCCCUCUCACCCACCCCCUUCCUGAGUGGAUCACAGCACAUUCCUUCAGAGUCCCUCGGAGCGGAAUGUUGCCUUUACACAGACAGCCUCUGACAAAGCAAAGGAAUGCUUGCAAUGCCGGGAAGAGAAGCAGCCAGAGCCUGUCCCUCUCCCUGCCCGCCCAAAGUAAGCAAAUUUCCUGCUUCUUGGCCACAUGGCAAGUCUGGAGGUGUUUGUGCUCUGGGUCAGUAACUCAAUCUUGGGAUCCUCUUUUGCGUCUCCAGUCACUCAUCCUGUUCUAUGCAUUGUUACACUUUGACCCUUGCAGGCUGUCACUUUUCCUUCUAGGGUUUAGGGGUAUAGUUUGGCACUUUAGGAUGAGCUGUAAAACAGCCUCUAUGCCUCUUUCUCUCAUCCUUCCCUUCUGCUUCUGUGAGGAAAGAGUGGUGAUACCAGCACUCUGAUGCUGCAUGCUCUCUCGAUGAGGGGUGCAUUCCUUUUUGUACAGCUGCUUUGGCUGCAAACGUUUGUGGGAGAGGCAAUGAGAAUGGGCGCUAGGCUGGUAAAAGUAAAUUUGCACUUUGAACGUGUCUUCUUUUUUUUUAAGUGGAGAUAACAAAAUUCCUUAUUUAUUGGGUUUGGGGGGGGCGUUUUUUUGGGGGGAGGCUUAAGGGCUGUUUUAGUUGCUGUUUAGGGAAGCAUUUUUCCUUCCAAAACUGAAAUCCCUUUUAAGUGGUGUACAGCAGGAGCAGCAAACCAUGUUUAGGAAUUGUCCCUUUUUCCUAAGGGGGAAAAGUGCUAGUUUCACAGAGUAGGUCUCAUUGCCCAUUCUGGUCAACAGUAAGGAGCCUGUUAGCGUCCACAUUGUCUGUUUGGAGAGGGAGGGGUCUGGUUGAGGAGGAGCAAUGGCUACUUCCUAGCUCUGCGGUCAUGAGUCCCCCUUUUUCACUGUGUCGCCUUGCUUGCUUUGUCUUUCCCUGUAGCUUGGAUGGGCAAAUGCCAGGAAGAGCAGCAAGUCUUGUCUUGAGGUUGUACUAAUUGCUAAUCAGCUUUGUGGCUGGCCUUCUAACACAGUCUGCCUCUUAGACAUUUUGACCCAGGCUUUUCAAAUCCAUUUUGAGGCAAAACUGAUACUGGGUGGUGGAAUCUCCAUCUUUCCUCAGCCAUACGUCCAGUCUUCUCACUUAGAUGCACAUCUUUUUGUUUCUGUGAAACUUAGUGGUGUGAGCAUCAAUGGAGAAUGAAAUGAGUUCAGUAUUUUGUGCGGAAAUUAGAAAGGCAACUGUGACAUUUAAAUAUUUCUUAUUCAAGAAGAUAGAAUUUGUGGGAGCUCUUGACUGUUAUCUAUGAGCUUGUAAUGGCAUAUUUUUGCAAUUCAAGAGGUUUUUUUAAUAACCGAGUGUGUUCACAAGUCCAAGGACUGAGCUGAGGAUUUCUCUUGAGCAUGAUUAUAAUUAAACAGUUGUGUUGCCACUUGUGUUCGAGCAAUGCUUUGAUACUGAAGGGACAAAAGGCUUUUAGUCUACCGCUCUACCUCACAUGGUUGGUUCUAAAUCCUGUUGUGGCACUCGCUGGCAUUACCUAUACUCAUUUCCAGCUACACUUUUUUGUAGUCCUUGUUAUCUGGAGAGGAGCCUCAGUGCUGUUUCUUACAGCUAGUUGGAAGCUAAGCAUCAGCAGGGUAUUAUGUGAAGCACUAAAAUGAGGCAAUCGGGGUCAGUCCUGCACAUGUGCUGCAGCCUACCAGGGGUUUUAUCUUGCCCCACUGUCCUGCAGCAUGACCAGUGGCUUCAACAGCCUCUUCUGUUGUGUGCUGCCUGCAGCCUAGCAGAUGCUUGUUGUGCAUGCUGACAUGGAUUCUCUCAUGAAGUUCACACUGGAAAGGUGUCAGGUUGACAGCUUGUCCUGUGGAUUGCUGAGGAGACUGCCCACUGUGAAAUACAGUGUCGUGUAACCAAGAGAAAUCAUCACGUAGAUUGUUUUCAGCUUGUACAGGCUUGUAACUUUACAGGAAAGAGAUGCUAUAGAUGGUUAGUAGGAAAUCCAUUUGAAGUACUUUCUCCCCCUGCUUGAGUUGCCCAUCAGUCUCUUAGCUGCCUUUUCUAGACUAUUCUGCUGAUUGCUUUCCCAUGAGUAUAUAUAUGAAAGUAACUGUCAUGUAUUUAAUAAGAACAGCCCCUUGCACUCCAGUGUAGAUAAGACCAUUACAACUUCCUUUCUGGAUUUGUGAACUGAACCAAUUGGUUCCUGAUACAAAACUUUCCUACAGUUUCUCCUCUAUGUGUCUCCCACCACGCGCAUGCAGUUUUGCUUCAAUAAGAAUUGUAGUUGCAAUAAAUUAUUUGUGUUUUCUUCUAUUAAACUUUUUUUCCUCUGGGAAGGAAGCAUGGUGCUGGGAGCUGAAGCUAUAUAAUCUCCUCCUUCAGUAUAGGAUAGUUUACAAUAACUAAUCUGACACUCACCGACUGCAACUGCAGUUCCAUAGUCUUUGUCUUAUCUGUAAACUCUUUGAAUGGUCAGCAUUUGAGCCCCAUCCUGUUCCUGGUUAGGGAUGGUGUGCAUCCCCCUUUUAAGGAGCUGAGACGAGCUUGUUCCUUGGAUGAGUGCAGAUUCUCUCCAGCAUUUCACCUGAAUGGCAAUAGAACAGAACUGGUGAGAACAGGAAUCUCAGGAGUUCUGCAAAAGCUAUAGCGUACUUCGUGCAUGAAAAGUGGCCCAUCUGAUUUAGAUGCUUCAUUACUGCAGACUCUGAAAAAUGGCACAACACUGAAGAGUUUGUGGGAAGAGAGAAAGGGGAGGUUUUAGAAACCCUUGGUGGCACGCUCUCCCAGGAGAUGGUGAAGAGCUGGGGGCAAACUGCACUUGCAUUGUGAAUCCUACCAGAGGACGGGCCAGGAUUUGUGAUUGAUAGCAGAACUACCUGAAGUAGUAGCCACUGGGUGGCAACAGAGCUGUGUUGCAUUGUGGCACACCCCUAUUUUUUAGUGUAAAGCGAAGGGAUGGUGGAUUUGACAAGUCUUUGAUUGCUUAAAAGCCUUGUUGCAUAUAGAGUU